AUGAGGGUGAAGGUGAUUUCGCGCUCCACCGACGACUACACGCGCGAGCGCAGCCAGGACCUGCAGAAAGUAUUCCGCAACUAUGAUCCAGCGCUUCGUAGUCAAGAGAAAGCUGUUGAGUAUACUCGGGCACUCAAUGCUGCCAAGUUAGAGAAGAUAUUUGCUAAGCCAUUUAUCGGAGCUAUGGAUGGGCAUAUUGAUGCGGUAUCGUGCAUGGCCAAAAACCCCAAUCAUUUGAAAGCAAUAUUUUCUGGCUCAAUGGAUGGAGAUGUUCGCCUUUGGGACAUCGCUGCGAGGUACUGCUACUGUAUUGAGGAUUACCUCGUUCCUUAA